ACCAUCCUUUACUGCCCACCGCUUCCUCCUCUUCUCUCCCUCUGCCCAUCUGCGGUGGUGACCUCUUGCAGCUCAUCAGCGGUAGACUGAGAGCAAGCUCUUGCCAGCGAGGCCACAGCUCUGAUGGCGCCUUCAGCAUCGUCGUCCUCUACGGGUACCACUGCCUUGGGCGAGCUGGUCGCCUCGUUUCCGCUGACCUGGCCUGUCCCCAAUCCCUCCGAUGACGCGAGCCUGAUACCAACCUCAGACGUCUCACUCGAACAGGACCUCUUGCUCAAUGAGGACUCUCUGCGCUCUUGGAGGUCAUACAUCUCUCACAUUGAGACAGCCAAUUAUCACAAGCGAUCGCCUCCGGACGUUCGCUUUGGCCCACAAGAGGCCAAGCUGCUCGGCCCGCUGGCUAGCAGUGAGAACUGCAUCGCCCUCAAGAGAAUCGUAUCUAUCUACGAAAGGGCUUUGGCCCGCUUCCCCACCAGCUAUGGGCUUCACAGAGACUACCUCUAUGCCAGAUCGCGGUUCGUGCUGGGCGAGCCCAAGGGAGGGUACGAAGGCCUCAAGAAGAGGAUCGCUCACGCCAGCAAGAAGACACUGGACGUUGGACCUAGUCUGAUCAGCCAGGAGGAUGAGGACGACGACGUGUGGCAAUGGACGUGGAAGCAUGGAGGCGCGCUCGAUGGUACCACAGGGUACAAGGAGUGGGUCGCACUAGUAGGAGCCUGUGAGAGAAGUCUCCAGUGGAUGCCCAAGAUGCCACGGAUCCACCUCUUCUACCUUGCCAUCUUCCUCCAUCCCAAUUGCCCUGCCCCACUCUCUCUCACCCAUGCAAGACGGACUUUCGACCGCUCCCUCCGCCUUCUGCCUCCCUCCCUUCACUUGAGGAUAUGGAAGCUGUAUCUGUCAUGGGCUGAGAAGGUAGGCGGCGAGACUGGCCUCAGAGUCUGGAGGCGAUAUCUCAGGGUGGAUCCAAGCUUGACCGAGAGAUACAUAAAGUUGCUCCUUACCACCCGACCACUCAAGGUAACAGGUGCCGUAGAGGACGAAGACGAAGAGGAGACAGAGCCCUCACCCGGUCCAAGAGCAUUGGAAGCUGCGAAGUCUCUGCUGAGGCUUGCCACUGAUGCUCAGAAGGGCUCUUACACCUCACCCGACGCAAAGGCGCCCCAUCAGCUCUUUAGCGAGUGGCUUGAGCUGGUGGACCGAUACCCCGAAGAGACUGGACUCGACGAGGAUGCAGAAUCCGCAUUGACUGCUACCCUGCAAAGAGGUCCUGGCGGCAUUUCGGCUCCUUUUGCGAACGACGGGUCCAGGUCCGCCGCUGGGGGCAGCGCUCGUACGCAACCCUUGGUCCAGAACAGCGAGGCGGCACAAGCCUCCCUGGCCAAGGGCCUGGCGUCGCACUUCCCCAGACCAGAAGACGUGACGGCGUUGAGCGCCUCUCUACUCCCGGUGCGAAACAUCAUCCUAGCGACUCUGCCGAUGUACCCGGACCAAGCUGGAAGACUCUGGACCGGUCUUGCUACAUACCAUCUCAAGAGGGGCGAGCUUGAUCUUGCUAAGGCUACCUUUGAGGAAGGGAUGAGGAAGGUCGUGACGGUAAGAGACUUCUCUAUCAUCUUCGACGCGUACGCAGAGUCCGAGGAGGGAGUCAUCUCCUACCUGAUGAAUGAUCUCGAAUCAGAAGGAGCGGAAGGUGAAGAUGAGGAUCGACAAGAGAAAGAGGAAGAUCUGGACAAGCGCAUGGCGAGCUUCGAAGAGCUCAUGGAAAGUCGACCCUUCCUGGUGAACGACGUGAUGCUCAGGAGAAAUCCAGACGAUGUUCAAGAGUGGGAAAAGAGGGUAGCGCUACAUGGCGACGAUGACGAGAAGAUCGUCGAGACGUAUAAAUCUGCCAUUGAGACGAUCAAUCCGCGCAAAGCAACGCCAAAUCAUCAUCAGCUCUUCCUCAACUUUGCCAGAUUCUAUGAAGUCGGAGGAUCAGCCGGGCUUAAGCUAUUGGAUGAGAUCCGCGCCGAUCCCAAGGCUGCUUUGCCCAUUGAGGAUGAUGAUCUGCCGUUGCCAGAUCUGGAUUCAGCGAGAAAAAUCUUCGAAAAGGGCGUCACAAUUCCAUACAAGCGAGUGGAUGACCUGGCUGAGGUAUGGAUCUCUUGGGCCGAGAUGGAGCUGCGUCAUGGCGAGUAUGACGCCGCUCUACGAGUUAUGGCAAGGGCUGUGCAGACCCCGCGUCAGACAAAGGGUGUCAGCUACUAUGACGACUCGCUUCCUCCCCAGAGUCGGCUCUUCAAAUCGCUCAAAUUAUGGUCGUUCUACUCUGAUCUGGAAGAAUCCAUCGGCUCGACAGAGGGAGCUAAGAAGGUGUACGACCGGAUUCUGGAGCUCAAGAUUGCCAAUGCUCAGACGAUUAUCAAUUACGCUUCUUUCCUCGAAGAGAGGGGCUACCACGAAGACUCGUUCAAGGUGUACGAACGCGGAGUAGACUCUUUCGGCUACCCCAUCUCCUUUGAAGUAUGGAAUGUGUAUCUGUCUAAGUUUGUCAAGCGGUACGGAGGCACAAAGAUCGAGCGGGCGCGAGACCUUUUCGAGCAGGCUCUACUCGGAUGCCCUCCAAAGUUCAACAAGGUACUCUUCCUGAAGUACGGAGCCCUUGAGGAAGAGUAUGGACUAGCGAAGAGGGCGAUGAAGAUCUAUGAGCGGGCUACAAAAGAGGUCGCCGAAGGUGAAAAGUUCGACAUGUUCACCUUCUACAUCGCCAAGACUGCUUCCAACUUCGGGCUUGCCUCGACAAGAGCCAUCUACGAAGCAGCCAUUGAGGUCCUACCAGAUCGCCAGACUGCAGAGAUGUGCUUGCGCUUUGCCUCUUUAGAGCGUAAGCUGGGCGAGAUCGACCGAGCGAGGGCAAUUUAUAAGUACGCCAGUCAAUUCUGUGACCCUAGGCUUCAUGCCAACUUCUGGAAGGAGUGGAAUUCCUUCGAAAUCGAGACCGGGUCGGAAGAUACGUUCCGCGAGAUGCUACGAAUCAAGCGCUCUGUACAAGCGCAGUACAAUACGGAUCUGUCGUAUAUCUCCGCCUCGGCUCAGGCCUCUAGCAAGGAUGCUACAGCAAACGCACACAGUGCCGCCCUUGCGGCCAGUGCUGCUGCCGCCUCGGGCGAUGCGAUGAGUCAGCUGGAAGCACAGGCGCAAGCGCAGGCCUCGAAGCAGAAGGGUGUUGCUGCCAGUGGGAUGUUCGUUUCCGCACAAACUGAACGAGGAGGAGGCAAGAAGGGAACUGCUGCACCUGAGAGUGAGGGAGAAGAGGAGAGCAGUGACGAAGAGGACGGUAAAGGUGCAGCAAACGGGGUGAACAAUGAAGAAAGGGUGGGCGGAGGGGAGGAGGACGAUGACGAUGACCUGAUGUAA